AUGUCUGACUCUCCUAUCACGAAUGCGCCUGUAGGGCCCCAAGAGAAACCAAUCUUGGACCAACUGCUCUUGAUUAGGGACAAGCUGCUCCUUCUGAAGCAAGACAAAAGCACAUACAUCAAAUCUUCGGAUGUCCUUCCGCUGUAUGAGCAGGUCAUCGAGCAGGUCUCGGUUCUGAACGGCAUCCGCGGGCCUGAGCAUCUGGUCCAGAGUCGCGUCGAUACCGUUCUGGACGACUGCCUCCAGCUCAUCUCCCUGUUCUUUAUGGCUGUUGGGCGCAACAAUGAAGCGCCCGCCCUGUACGCCAUGACCGGAAACAUUACCCGCCUCUGUAACCACCUCAAAGAGGCCGCCUUCUACAGCAAAAAAGACCUAAUCAGCCUCGAGAACACACUUGCAAAAAUGGAAUCGACCCUGGCUGUUGGAAAAGACAAAUACUCGUAUCACUUGUUGACGAGAAUACAACAUCGCCUGGAGGUCUGCAAGGCAAUGCUGAAAGAAUUGCGAGACUUCCUUGCGACACUGUCCCCAGAAAUGACUCCCAUAUGGGAGAAGUUGGUUUCGCUUCUGCGGGCAAUUGCGGCGUUGAACACCAGAAGCAAGUAUAGUCAAAAAGAUCUGGGCGAACUGCGCAAUCAGUUGCUGCAAAUCCAGUCCACCAUGAAAGACGGUAAAUUGCCGGAUGAGUCGGGCAACCAUUCCUCCGGACAGGACCUUGUGGUGCCUCUACUUAAUAGGUGCCUCAGGUUCACUGAAAUUGUCGAGGAAAAGCAAGGCAAAAUUGAUGAACGAUUCCGGGAUGUCUACGAUCAACUCAUCGAGAUCCGGAAUCAACUCGACCGCUUGACAAUGACACAAGCUUGGUCGCUCCGCGAGACCGAUCUGUUUAUGUGGCAGCGAAAGUUAGACCGCAUCGACGACUCGAGGCGAGAUGGUAACUUCUUCGACGCGGAGGGACAUCCCGCAGAUUUGCAUGCUCAAAGAACCUUGCUCUAUCUUAUCCGACGAGGUUACGCCUUUAUCUAUCAGCUUCUAAUUGCAUCGGAGCCGGUUUCGGAGGCUCUUCUUCCCAUCUAUAAUCAGCUUCUGACCUUGCGGAGAUGUUUGGUUGAAGUCAAGAAGGCGGGUGGCGUGUCAAAUCCCCGUGAAUUGUAUCCGUACAGCAUGAAACUCAACUCGAUCGACAACAUGCGGGUAGAGGGAAAGUUCCAAAUCGGAAAGGACAUCCCCGAAGGGCAAGGUAGCGUCAACGACCUGCUUGCAGAAUGUUAUGACCUAGCCUACGAUCUGAGGACGGCUGCUGAAGAGGAAAACGAGGACGCAUGA